AUGAGUGAACAGACUGGACAGAAGCCGUCGAAUCUAUACGAGAGAAAGAGACGAAUGUCCAAGAAAUUGGAUGAUGCUGAUCUGAUACCUCAACAUUUCGAAUACGAGAAUCAAUACGAGAAAUGGAGAGCAGCGAACCCGAGAAUCGAAUUCGACUUCUCCGUCGACCAAUCCGGCUACAUCUACUGGGUAUGGACUUUCAUAGUAGUCUGUGGAUGUCUUUACAACAUAAUUGUCCUCUCGGUGCUAGCUUUCGAGAAUAUUCGAACUGCAUACAUUGAGAAGUUUCUCCCGAUUAAUAUUGCAUUCGAUGUCAUUUUCUUUCUGGAUAUCAUUGUCAGAUCCAUGUUGUCAUUCUACGAUGACGGUGUCCUGGUAACAGAGUUCGCUGAAACACGAAGGAAUUAUUUGCACAGUUUCUACUUCGGAAUCGAUCUCCUUGCCAUCUUCCCAUUCGACUACCUGCUAAUCCGGAAAACUUCUGCCGCGUUCUGCAGGAUAAACCGAUUUCUGAAAAUCUACCGAAUCGCUAAUUUCAUUGCACAAUCCUAUGGAAAAUUGACUCAGGUGACAAUAUCUCUGUCGAAAAUCAUCACAGCUUGCUUUCUUCUCUUCCAUGUCAAUGCAUGUGUAUUCUAUAUCAUUUCAGUGAAUAGUGAUACUUCUUCAUGGGAUGGAGUGAACGCAACAUUCGAUGAUGACGAAUUCCUUCCAUGGCCGUAUACACCGGAGAAAAUUACGGAUGCAUACUUCGUUGGCUGUGACGGUCGAAGCGAUUGUUACAAUCCUCAUUUUUAUUACGAUGAAGCGAGAGAAGAUCAUCUUGUGGAACUGUAUCACUUUUGGAGAAUGAACAACAGAACCCAAAUCUUCAACUUCUCCACAUUCACAAAAGAAUACACAUUAUCAAUGUAUUGGUCUGCAAUGACAAUGACAACACUCGGAGAACAGCCAGCACCGAAUACUUCACUUCAGAAUGCAUUCGAAAUAGUGAAUACUCUCGCGGGUCUUCUACUUUUCGCCGUUAUUAUGGGAAGUGUCGGAGAUCUCGUUGCGAAUGCGAAUGCUGUUAAAACUUAUUGGCAGACGUUGAUGGAUGGACUCAAACAAUAUAUGACUUAUAGAAAUCUGAACGAAAGUUUGCAAACAAAAGUUCUGAAAUACUGUGAAUACGAGAUGGGAGAGGAAACAAUAAUGAAAGAACAUGAAGUGAGAGAUGAGUUGCCAACGAAGCUGUACGGACAUGUGACGACUUCAAUCAUCGGAUCAUCUCUUGUGAAAUCUCCUCUGUUUCGGUUAUCAGAAAGAAGUUUUCUUAACGAUAUUUCUGAACUUCUGGAGCCUCAUUACUUCUGUCCUGGAGACGUUGUAAUUGAGAAAGGACAACUUUGUAGUUCAAUGUUUAUAAUAGUGUGCGGUCAGAUGGUUGAAAUCACGGAUGACGAUGAAAUUGAUCAUUUCGAGGGAGAAAUUCUUGGAGACGUUAACUUGAUUUGGUUCAAUAAUCAUCUGAAUCAUAACAGACAUCAGAAUAAUUUCAUAUCGAGUGCAUUCUCUCAAAUUCAUAUGUUGAGUCGAGAUGAUUUCUUCAAAGUUUUAGGAUCUUAUGAUCUGAAACUGAAGAGAAGGCUGUGUGAUGUUGCUUUCUAUUUGCAAAGACAGCGUGGAGAAUUAGACGAUAAGAAGAGAAGUUUAGUGGAAAAUGAGGAUAUGGAGUCGAAUCUGAAAAGAUUAGCAAUUGAUACUCUAGAUUUACACGAUAAGAUGACAGUGGUAGAGGAGGAAUUUUGGGUGAGUAUGGACACAGAGAAAGAGAAAAGCGCACGCUCUUGUAUGCCUUCGUCAAGUAGAAGUGGUGAUGCCCGCAUGGCGCAUGUGGUAACAGCGGGCGAGUGCAAACACGCUUCGCUGGUUCGAACCCUUCGCCUGGCGGUCGAUGAUUAG